AUGGGUGGUAUUGGUAAGACCACCCUUGCUGAUGCUGUGUUUCACCGAUCCUCUUCUAAAUUCAAUGCUUGUAAAUUUCUAUCUAAUGUCAGGGAGGAGUCACAGAAACGAGGGAUACUUCGUCCGUAUGUCUUAGACAGCUUGUCUCGUACAAAGGUCCUCUUGGUUCUUGAUGAUGUGAAUGAGUCAGAACAAUUAGAAUGUUUACUUGAAGAAGUUGUGUUCGGCUGGGGGAGUAGAGUCAUUAUAACCUCCAGAGAUAGGUGUCCAUUGAGAGGAAGAGUGGAUGGUGAUCAUAUAUACAAGGUGAGUGAAUUAAACGAUGCAGAUGCUCGGGACCUCUUUCAGUUGAAAGCUUCCAAAGUUGCUGGUUCCAAAAUAUAUGAUUCAGACUUGUUGAACGAAGUAGUAACUUAUGCUGAAGGCAUCCCAUUAGUUUUUACAGUUUUGGGUUCCUUAUUUCGUAGCUGCAAUAGCGAAAAAGACUUCGAGGAUAAGCUAAAAACUUUGAAAGAGUUUCCUGACAAAAAAAUCCAAAGUGUGUUGAGAGUGAGUUAUAAUGGAUUACAGGAACGUGAGAAAGGGAUAUUUCUUGAUAUCGAAUGUUUUUACAAAGGGAAGAAGAUGUCUGAUGUUGAAGGGCUGAUAGAAAUGCAUGGCUUCAGUGCACCACGUCAGGGAAUAAUAGUUCUGGUCGAUAUGUCCCUCAUAUCAAUUUCAACAAGUGAUCACCUAGAGAUGCAUGAUUUGGUGCAAGAAAUGGGUAUGUCAAUUGUUCGUGAACAAUGUGCCUCUGAUCCGGGAAGACGCAGUAGGGUGUGUAGUGUUGAGGAUGCCUAUAAAGUAUUGCAACAUAAUACUGGAACUGCAGCAAUUGAAGCCAUGUUUGUUGACUCAAUUAAGAUUCGAGAUACACAGUUGAGUCCUACGAUCUUCAUGAAUAUGCAUAACUUACGGCUGUUGAAAUUUGAUGCGCGACCCAUAUUUAUGUCUGGAAAAUUUGAUAUCAAGUGCAAAGUGUACCUGCCUGAUGGAGGUCUCAAUACUCUUCCCGAAAGCAGAUAUCUCUACUGGAAGAACGACCAUUUUAAAUCUUUGCCAGCGGAAUUUGUUCCACAUAACCUCAUUGAGCUUCAUAUGUCCGGUAGUCUACUUGAGAAACUUUGGAAUGAUGGCAAGGAUCUCGGCAGCUUAAAAGUGAUAAGACUUUGUCAGGAUCCAGAUCUUUCUCACAGUCUAAAUAUUGAGGUGAUCAAUCUUAGUGUGUGUGUAAGCUUGGCUGAAGUUCCUUCAUAUCUUGAAACUCUCGCCAAGCUUACCUCCCUGGAUCUGAGUGGGUGUGCAAAUGUUACAACUUUUCCGGAUAAGAUGCCAUGCAAUAUGAAAUUCUUAAGUCUGUCUGGUUGCGGGCACCUGACUAAAGUUCCAGAUCUCUGUCAUUGUGCAAAUAUCGAGAAUAUAGAUCUCAUUGGUACAAACAUAUAUGAAAUUCCUUUAUAUUUUCGACAUCUUGACAAGCUUACAUCCCUGGAUCUGUCCAGGCAGUCCAGCUGUGAUUUGCGGGAAUUACCACUUAAUUUGGAAUACUACAAUCUGCCAGAUUGUCGUCUUCUUGAUUGAAUUGAUAAUAGUAUCUACAAAUUAAGUAGUCUUAAUUUUUAA